CGGAGUUUGAAUCGGAGGACGGGUCGGCUGGGCGGCGGAGCUCCCGGGGCGUGAGGCGCUCUCCCAGGCUGCAGGGGCGGUGAGUCGGCGCCGGUGAGGCCGCUGCGGCCGCCGCCACCGGCUUGCAGUGAUGGAGUACCCAGUGAUGGAAGCUGCCACUGUUACUUCAGGAAUCAAGAGACGAGUGAAAGACAGAAUUGCAAAGACAAAGUUAAAUGUUUCUCUUGCUUCAAAAAUCAAAACAAAAAUAUUAAACAAUUCUUCUAUUUUCAAGAUCUCUCUAAAGCACAACAACAGAGCCUUAGCCCGGGCUCUGAGUGGAGAGAAGGAGAACUCCCGAAGAGUCACUACGGAGAAGAUGCUAUUACAGAAGGAAGUAGAGAAACUGAACUUUGAAAAUACCUUUCUUCGCCUCAAGCUAAGUAACUUGAAUAAGAAGCUUAUAGAAAUAGAAUCCCUUGUGAACAAUAAUCUGAUCACGGCAAUCGAAAUGAGCAGCCUGUCUGAGUUCCAUCAGAGUCCUUUUUUCCUGUCAGCUAGGAAGAGGAAAAGGAUCAGUAAGCAAAGCAAGUCCGCGCAUCUUCCAUUUGCAAGGGUUCUAUUAACUUCAGAAAAUGACGACGAUGAAUGGAGAACAAAGUGUUACAGCAGAAUUGCAUCAAAAACGUCACCUGACGUCACCUCCUCGCUCUCAAGACAAUCUUUGUCCUUACGCCAGUGUGACUUGGAAAUAUUGCUUCCCACGAAAGAUAACCAGAAUACAUGUGUCUCCAGUUAUUCAAAACAAACUUCUUCUAGUGUUGAUGUUCAUCCUAAAGAAAGCCAUGAUGACUCAACCCAAAGCCCUAAGAGUCCUCUGAGUGAGGUGAAAACUGCGCCAUCUUCCUGCCUCAGCAGGGAAAAACCGUCACUUAACAACGUGACUGAGAGGAGAAAGCGCGGGUCUUCUGCAGAGAAUCUGCACGGCACAGACUCAGGUUACCCACAGAUGUCCAGUCCAGGGUUCAACUGGGACGUUGAGAUAAAUGGUUGUGUUAGUGAAACCAGUACUAAAAUGCAAAGAGAAACACAGUGUUCUCCCCGCUUCCCUGCUGAGGCUGCCAGCGACCCUCAGACACAGCCCGUGGCCACAGUGCGGAACACCCAUGGGUUUCAGUUGCGAGAAUCUGUGUACGAAAACGCCGACAUGGAUUUAACUGCCAGUGAAGUGAACAAAAUCAUUGCAAUUUCAAAAAGCAAUAAAAAUCAAAGGAAGAAAAAGACAGAUUGUGGAAAGGAAGCGUUCAGAAAAGUAAAAGAUCCAAGCUCUGACAAAAGGAGAGAAAGAGCCAAGAGAAAAUGUAAAGGUAGUUCGGAAAUGGGUGCGGAGGGAAAGACGGAAAACGGACCAGAACGAGGCUCUGUUGUCUUAGGUGGCAGAGGGGACUCGGAAGAUCCAAAUUGUAUUGCCGAUACUGAGCCACCUCAGGCAAACAUGCUGAAGGAAAUAACCCUCCCGAGCAGCUUGGAUCAAGAGACCAUCCAAAAUAAAAAGAGGAAACAAAGACGCACGACAGGCGAGCAAGAGGAAACACGCCCUUUCUCUCCAUGUUCAGUCAGACUCCUUCAAGGUAGUGAGUUUGAUCAAUGUCAGAACGCCCCGCAUUGUAAUAAAAAUAAGCCUUCUCGACAGACAUUUGUGAUUCGUAACUCAGAAAAGGAUCAUUUAUAUCCAAACCAGAAGGACGAAGAGGCCAGUUCUGAAAAGCUAGACGUGGCAAAUGAAUUCCAUAGAGCUGAUCUUUCCACGAAAGAUAACAAAACUGUAUGCGACUUUGAGACCCAGACUAUGUUGGACUUGAAAAAGUUGGUCAGUGUGCAGCACAUUCAGUCCAAGCUAAAUAAUCCUAAGCCGAAAAUAAAUCGGAGGACAAAAAUAAUUUCUAGUAUGAACCAAAUAUAUGAGGAUACUGACAAAGACGUCCCCCUCCAAACCCCAGCGAGUAAAGAGUCCACCCGUGCAGCCGUCGACGCUGCAGAAGGGUUAGAAGCACCUCCACUUGUCGCAAGAAACAACGGACGCUUACAUGAUUGUCGGGCGCAGAAUGUUCUGGAUCUGUCCAAGCAAACCACCAGUGUGCACCCUGCUUGGAUAGAGUCCCAUGUUAGCAGGAUCCCUAGGCACAAGGUAAAUCGCAAGACAGAAGUAAUCUCCAAGGUGAAUAAUUUUAGUAAUGACGAAGGUGGUCAUUGUUCAGAAAUGGACGAGUCUUUCUUACCUCAAAAGGAUAAAGACAUUCCCCGAACCUUAAAAGAUUUUAGUAAGUUUGAAGUGCCUGCCAUUUGUAACAAAGAUAGUGCAAAGUUAUAUGAGAGUAAGAGUCACACGCUCCUGGGGAUGAGAGUGCACGACCAUGAGGUGCCACCUGCUAGUCACAAGGACUCAAAAGAAGAUAAGAAGCCUAGACAAAAGGCACUUCGAAAGACAGAAAUAAUUUCUAAAACCAACCAAAUGCAUGAAAAUGAUGAAGGAAGUGUGCAUGACCCAUUAAAUAAGGUCUGCCAGAAGGUCAAUAAAUCAGAAAUUGUUUCUCAAAUGAGCCAGAUACACGAGAAUACUAAUGCAGACGUGAAUGGCUUUAAGAGCUGUGUCAAAGACCAAGUUGUUACGAGUUCCUACUCUGGAGGAAUCAAGAGUAAUAAAGAGGGAAAUGGUGAGCCAAUCCCAGAUUCGUGUGUACUAGUUAAAAAGCAGAGAGACUUUGCAGGCAUAGCCGAGAACAUCUUGACAGGAGGGAAGAGCGAACAUACUUCACAGCUUCCAGGUGCCUCACAGCAGUCUGUCGCCUUGGAGUCUGGAUCACCCCAGGGCAGGAACGGAACAGAUGCUGGUCCUGGAGAACCAGAUGCUGGUCCCGGAGAGCCCACUAACCCACCAAAGAGCCAGGAAGAGAGCUCUGUGCUUGCACUGGGAGAUGCCGGCUCUUUGGGCGUGGCCAAAGGAGGAAGUUGCCCAGCCAAAAGAAGAGAUAGAGUGACAUCCAAAUCAAAGAAAAGAAAGAGGCCCCUAGCUCUUCCUUCAGAUACCCAUGGGGCGGUGGAAAUGACAGCCAGCACUGACCACACAAAGUCAGGCGACUCCCAGCAGGCCGAUAAGGAAAACUACUUGGAGGAUGGGAAAAUUGCCAAGAAUAAACUGGACUUCUGCCCAAAGGCGUUGAAACCUUUAUCUCAGAUGCGCUCCUCUAACAUACAGAAUUCUUCCUUUGACGACAUGUGGGAGAGCUCACUGCCUCUGACGACGACUUCUUGUAAAACUCUGCUGAUGGAAGGAAGUUCCUUCCUGGAGAGUGCGAGCAUCUUUCCAGCAGGCGGGCCUGGGCCUGCUCCUGACAAGACAAAGGAGAGGACUCAGAAAAGCUGCUGCAGAAGGCAGAAGUCCGGAAUAGGUAGAGGAAUAUUCCCAGACUUGGUGGACACCAGUUCUGUGUCAAGCAACCCCGCUAACCCCAAGAACGGGUCAGAAGACCAGGCUGCAGAGCAGACGAGAAGGAAAAGGCAGUGCGCCCCUCUCAACCUGAGAGAGCCGAACCUCGUAAGCAAGAUGAGAAGAUGAAGGAGAUAUGAAUCCUAGCUUUUCUGAGUUCUCAAAGCACAAGUCAGAACAGAAGCAUAACAAAGAUCAAGACAUGAGACAUGAAGGAGUAUUAUGUUUGGUUUUUACAUGAAGUAUUCUGUUGUUUUCUAUUUUGGGGGACUUUCCUGGAUUAUUGUUUGUCUAUACUUACAUUGAGGUGUGUGUGCAUCCAAUAACUAUAUUUUAAAUAGGAAACUUUUUUUAAAAAGCAUUGGCCAUCACAUAACUUGUUAAUUUAAAUUCUUACCGAACGUCAUUUAGCAGUUCAACUCAUUUCCUUUUAGCCAAAUAAACACACUUGCAUUGGUUAUCUUGUACAGCAGGAUACCUUGCUUUCUGUUUUGAGCGUUGAGGAGACAUGAAGAUGAAAGAGGGUUUGAACGUUAUUGCCUGUUACCAUUUCCUCCGCCAUGCUGAUUUCAGGAAUACUCGUUAGCCGUCAGCUUCUUGAUCACUUCCACUAUCUGUAAUCUUAGCGCCCAGGCCAUGGUAGCUGUCAUGCAGCAGACAAACCCUGGGCCUGUUGUGCCUGGCUUUCCUGACUAGGGAAGGUGGGAAGAGCAGCCCUGUCCCACAGACUGGGGUCACCUGUGCGCUGGGCACCAACGUGAACCUUGUUUCCUGACUGUGGCUGAGAUGGGACCCCGACCUCGCAUGCCUGCUCCAUGCCUUCUCCACCACGGUGGACCUGAUCCCUUCCAGCUGCAGCCUGAAGAAAACCUCACUCGCUUAAAUCACUAUGUGUCAGGGAUUUGUGCCUGUAACCAGGAAAGGAGCUAAUAUCCUAGUUCUCCAGACCUUACUUAAAUCUUAUUUGUGUUUUAAUGUAUGUGCUUUUGUCUGUGUGAGGACAGAGGGGGGCGCUGCCUGUGUAGGUAAGAGAGAGCCAUUGAAGCCUGAGUUACAGGCCGGUGUCAACUGCCCACAGUGGUGGCGGGAACCAAACUCACUUUGUAGAAGACCAGGCUGGCCUUGAACUCACAGAGAGAUCCGCCUGCCUCUGCCUCCCGAGUGCUUGGAUUAAAGGUGUGCACCACCACUGCCCGACUUGUAACUUGUUUUUAGAAUAAGAACACCACUGGAUAUUAUCAAUAAAAGGUACAGUGGUAUAGGGCUUUGAUAAAAUGCUUUUCCUUUGGAAGAAGGAGCACAGCAGAUUCCUUUGGAUGAUCACUUCCUUGCCGCACUACCAGACGCAAGCCUGCAGCCAGACCAAGCGUUCAUCUUGGUUUUCAUGCCCAUCUCUGGGAAGGUAUGAGGUCAAAAGGUUUACAAUAGCCACUGGCAUCUUUGGUUUUUAUUUCUUAAUUAGCCUUGGCAUAGAGAAGCAAACAGAAUAGAGUUUGCAGCAAAUACCUUAAGCAUGCAGAGGUGCGGAUCUUUCCAGAGUAGACAUAGCCAGCUCCUUCAACAAUGUCUUACAGUGUCAGAAUGGACCUUCUCCCCACCCAGCUCUUAGGGUCGGGACACUUGGAUCCACAAAGCAGGUCGGUGAAAAGGACCGGUACAUUUAAUGUAUAGGAGAGGAGAUUGCACCCCAAAGAGGUUUGAUCAUUUCACCCAAGAUGUGCGGUGAAACCUCAGUGGAAACAGGACCCCAGGCCACCACCCACCUCUGAAGAGCUAAGUGGAACAAUCACCUUAACAUCACUUGGCCUUACUGGUCCAGACUGAUGUUUUCCUUAAUGAUAAUUCCAGAGAAGUGCCCGGUGCCCCAGUAAGGUCCGGUUACACGAGGAUGUACCUAGCGUUCCUCUUCUGAACCUGACAUGAUCCCCUUGCUCUAUUUUUACUAAACAUUUCUAUUUCGUUUUGUGUCCUUUGUUUUCUAUCAGCGUUGUUUACCUUCUUAUUUGGGGAAUUUUCAAGCACACAACGGAUAGCUGCAUAACCUAUAAAUGCCCGACUCUUUUCUGCUCCCCUAUGGUCACCAGGGCAGCACACUGCUAAGUCUUUUCCAUCACACAUCUGCUUCCUGAGAGGCGGGACGUCCCACCUGACACUCCAGCCGCGUCUCUGAGGCCAUGGCGGCCAUGGCGGCACUGUCACGUGAGCGGUGUC